AUGGAUUGGUGUUUACCAUGGACUAGAUCAGUCUCAUUAUAUGGACAUUAUAUUCCAUCUAUAACAUUAUUUAUAUUUGGUGUUACAUUUAAUCCUAUAGCACUUUAUUAUUUUGCAACAUCACGAAAUUUUCGUCGUUCAGCAUAUUCAUAUUAUUUUUCAGCAAUUGCUGUUUUUGAUUUAAUACGUUUAACAAUAUGGUGUUCAUAUCUAUUAAUUGAUUAUAAAAUAUAUAAAUUAAAUUUUCCCGAAGGUGGAACACUAUGUUCAAUACAAGUUUUUUCUGAAUCAGUUGCAAGUUCAACAAGUGUUUGGUUAACUGUUUCAUUAACUGUCGAACGUUGUUUAGUUACAUUUAAUCCAUUACAAGUCUUAAAUGAUACAAAAGGAAGACGUGCACUUAUUAUUAUAUUUUCUGUUAUUUUGGCAUCAUGUGCAAUUAAUUCACUAUUUUUACAUCCAAAAUUCUAUGAAAUAAGAAUAUACCAGGAGCAUAUUCGAACGACAGUAUGUUAUUAUAAAGAUCCUUAUACUAUACCGGUAAAUCAAACGAAUUCUACUAACAAUUCGAUACUAACACCAAAUGUAAAAUUAGCAUACUCAUUAUCUACAAUAAUCAUUCGUGUUGUUAUUCCAUUUAUAUUACUUCUUACAGCCAAUAUAAUAUUAUUUUUAAGUGUACGUCAAACAGAAAAACAAUCAUUAAAAUCUAAGAAAAUCUUAUUAGUUCGUCAUGGUCAUCAUCGACAAAUAACACCACUGAUUUUUUUUUCAUCAUGUAUUCUUCUCUUAACUGUAUCACCACGAUAUUUAACACAAUUUUAUGUAAAUUUUCGUCUAGGUUCAGGGAAAAAAAUUAGUUGUACAUUGACACAUUUUGCACCACAUUUAUUAAAAACAUUAGAAUUAUCUAAUUAUUCAUUUAAUGUAUUUAUAUCAAUUGCUAGUGGUAAACAUAGUCGAUAUGAAUUAUUUAAUAUGUUAUUAUGUCGAGCAGAUAGAUUACGUUCGAAAUUUCAACACUCAUCAAUAAAUCAAUCAUCUGUUUUAGCUAAAUUACAAAGUCACAAACGAUUAAGCAAUAAAACAGAUAAUCAAACAAAUUCGACUCAUAAAUCACUUCUUUCGAAUAAUAACAAUUUUCAGCAACUUUAA